UAUUUAUUUUGCAUUUAUUCCGCUGAGGGCCAUUGAAUUUUCAGUUUGUUUGCGGUGGCUGCCGUGGUAUCAGUGUUUUUAUAUACCUUGCGUGGUAUAAACUGUUUUGAGGGCGGAUAUUCUAUGGAAAUGGCUACACAGCGGUGAUAUAGUGCCUGUCACCCCUUCAAUUUAAGAUGCUUGGCAUGACUGGGAGUGAAGAAAUCAUGGCCAAUGGACACAGUGACUAUGAUCUUGAUAUCGACGGUGUGGUGGCGGAGCUGGGUCGGCUGCGCUCCUCUCUCGGCAGCAGCGAGGAGGAGUUUGGCUUCCUGGCCAACCUCCUGCAGAGCUCUCAGCUACAGAGUCUCGUGCAGGCGCACAGUACCAUCAUGUCGACGAUGGUGGAGAACCAGUGCCAGCCGGUGCUCUCCUCGGCCGAGGAUAUCGCCUUCGAGGUGAUGGGCGAGAUCCAGCUGAAGGGCCUCACAGAGCCCGACGCCGUGGAGCUGUUCCGGCUUCUGCAGACCCCGCACAUGCUGAACAUUCUGUCCGCCCACGAUAUGGUGGCCCAGAAGGAUUACGUGCCACGGCUGCCCGAACUGCCCGCCGACGCAGACGACGACGAGGAGGAGACGGUCAAAAUCGUCCAGCUGGUCAAGAGCAACGAACCGCUGGACGGCUCCAAGGGAUGCGAGCCAAUCGUGGGUGCCACGAUCAAGGCGGACGAGCAGACGGGCGCCAUCGUGAUCGCCCGAGUGAUGCACGGCGGCGCUGCGGACCGCUCGGGGCUGAUCCACGUCGGUGACGAGGUCCUGGAGGUGAACGAUAUCGACGUCACCGACCGCUCGCCAAACGACGUACUGCGGAUACUGACGCAGGCGCAGGGCACCAUCACGUUCAAGCUGAUCCCCGCCGACACUCGGCACUCGGCCCGGGAGUCCAAGGUGCGCAUGCGCGCCCUGUUUGACUACACGUCGUCCGACGACAAGCACAUCCCGUGCCGAGAGGCGGGCCUCGACUUCAGUCGCGGAGAUAUCCUGCACAUCGUCAGCCAGGACGAUAUCUACUGGUGGCAGGCGCGGCGGGAGGGCGACUUCAGUAUGCGGGCCGGCCUGAUCCCGAGCCGGGCUCUUCAGGAGCGCCGGAUCCUGGCCGAGAGGACGCAGCGGGCCGACGAUAAAGGUAUCUCCUGCGUGGCGCGCUCGCCCGGCAGCCGGACCACCAAAAUCAAAAAGAUCAUGUACGACGCUGCCGAGAACGACGACUUUGACCGCGAAGAGGUGGCCACAUAUGAGGAGGUGGCGAAGCUGUACCCUCGGCCGGGCUGCCAGCGGCCGAUCGUACUGGUCGGUCCUCCGGGAGUGGGGCGAAACGAACUGAAACGGCGUCUGGUGGCCACCAAUCCGGACAAGUACCGGUCCGUCAUACCCUACACCUCCCGCCCGCAGCGACCGGGUGAGAGUAACGGCGUCGACUACCACUUUGUGUCGCGCGCCGACAUGGAGGACGGCCUGGCGCGCGGACGGUUCGUCGAGUUCGGCGAGUACAGGGGUAACCUGUACGGCACGGCCCAGGAGAGCAUCCUGUCCAUCAUCAACGCCGGACAGGUCUGCGUGCUGUGUCCCCACUAUCAGGCGAUCAAGAUGGUGCGCACUGCCGAGAUGAAGCCUUACAUCGUGUACGUGAAGCCACCGCUGUAUGAUCGUCUGAAGGAGACCCGGGCGGCCAGCUACGCGCGCUCCACCUUCGACCAGACCAGCACACGAGGAUUCACGGAUGACGAGCUGCGCGACAUGUUGCACUCGGCCGCCCGGCUCGAGUUCCACUACGGCCACCUGUUCGACGAGACCAUCGUCAACGACGACCUGUCGACGGCCGUGGCGCAGCUGCUGCGCACGGCGCGCCGCGUCGAGACGGAGCCCCUCUGGGUGCCCGCCAGCUGGGUGCAAUAGAGCUGCCGGCUGGGUGCAAUAGAGCUGCCGGCGGCUCAACUGACGGCAGCGGCUCCAAACGCCGGUGUGACAGUGGGCUGCGCCGGGGCUGUUCACUGCCAGGUCCGCGGCGCCCGGUCGGACGGUUGAGAUGUGAGCCUCGUAUAGUCUCUUCCCGUCUCGUCUCCGGGCGGGAGAUACUCAGAUGUCGGACGGGGCGGUACGGACGGCCUCGGUGAGACAGAUUCUUCCUGCGUCGGCGGCGGUCGUGGUGAGGCGCUCAGGCUCAAACCCUGACCGUCAGCGCCGAUGUCGGCUAAUCGCGGCUGCUCGCGGGGGAUUGCAGACUGUUCCACUGCCGCCGCUGCUGCCUCGGACGUCUACAGAGAUUCCUGACACGCUGGCCAGUUGGAACCGCCGCUCCUCAGUUAGGUCUCUCCGUGAGUAACUCUAAUCGCCUCUCGGGCGAUCGGAGACGCAGUAGGAUGCAGACAAACGACUGGCUUCCACGCCUGACUGGCAGAAAAUCGGGAGGGCAUUGAAUCCCGAAAACGAAAUGAGACGUUCUGUUGUCUCCUUGUUCAUAUCCAGGAGCUUGACUCUGCGGCGGCCGACGGAGCUCUCUCGUCAAACUGUCGAGCUGACGCAUCUGACCAGAGGUCGGAGUGCGUUUGUUAACUGGAGUACGGCGUCCCGUCGGUCGCUCGGGCUGACGUGGACGGCCUUUAGUCGUUUCCCAAAGACGCGCGGAUAGCCGGUGUAAGCGGUAGAGUGAGUGUAGUGAUUCGUAGCGGUGCCGGUGGGUAGGAUGGUGUGUGGUAGCAGGCAGUGAGGUGGAGAACAGUGGUGGCGCUAGGGCUGAACUUGUUCCGGGCGGAAUAACUCGGGAAAAGGGGAGAGGCCAGUGGCCUCAGGGCAUCUACCGGCAAACUGGGCUUAAGUUUAGGUCUUGGAUGGUUGAAGUGAAGAAAACGUUUCGGUUUCAUGACGUCUUAAAAUCAUUGUUGAUCACGGCUGAUUAUUUGCUGAUUGGAGUUUUAUGGAUGUCUUUGACAAGGAAGCAUUUCACAGAGUGACAUUGGAACAAGCCGGUCAUUUGGAGAGUACCCAGGCAGCUCGUUUUCUUUCAGUUUGCUUAGACUGUUGUUAUCUUUUGAAUUAAACACCGGAUAGUAGAUAGCAUUAUGGAAUCUUUAUCAGACGAUUGUAAAACACUUCAUUUUUGUUGUUGCUGCCCCAAGGGCGAUUAUAUGCAGAUAUUUUUCGACAUUUUAGUACAUAGCUCGACAUUAGCCGUUGGUCGUACGUUUGCGGGUCGGUAGUAAGAGAAAUGCUGCGGCGGGAUAGCCAGCAAUCAAUCAUUCAUAGCACUGGAGCUCAUUUUACACGAUCAUACGAUAUUGACACACUGUGUUCACGUCAGUAAUAGUUACGUGGUGUCACCACGCUUGUUACGACCGAUGUAUUUUCGCUCCACAGCCGCGUGCAAUCUGUUUUAACCUUUUGUAACGGCAUGUUUGUUGUUUGAUGACACUCCUUAGUCAGUAGCGCAAAUAUUUCAGUCACUUAUUCUAAUGUGUUCGAAUUUUAUCGUGAUAAGUUUCGAUGUAUUUUAUGUGCAUUAAUUUGUUAGUGAUAUUGUCAAUGAACACCGGGUUUAAAUAUUUCGUUUUGAGCUCGGCUCUAGGAUUAUGCACAUUGAGAGCUUUGUUGAUACAUUGCAUAUGUUGCACGUUAGUGAAACGCACGGACAGUAUUCAUCGCUGUUAUUGUUUGCAUCGCACUGUACGCGAUUAUUAUUUUAAGUCACGACAUGCACGCUAGUUUGAUAUAUUAUUAGUUUGUUGGCUCUCUGUGGCCAGAUUCAGGGGCAUAUCUGUUUCGUCAUGUUGCUUGCUUGCUUGAAGCACGGCUGCCCAUAAAAGCUAGCAAACUGCCUGAAGUAACAGACGAUCAGUGUCUUUGAUUUCUUUCCUCUAGCAGAGAUGAGGUUACUUGUCUGACAUUAACGCAUUCUGAUUGGCUCUCACUUAUUUUUACUGAACUUCGAUAUUGACAAACAGCCGAACUGGUGAAUGUUUGUUGCGUCUAGGAAACGGGUAGAGCCUUACGAACAAACUCCGAUCAAAAGUGGCGGCGAGCUGACGUUGGCCUGUGUUCGAUUCUGUUCUCAGGGUCUGUGUGUGUAGUGAGUGCCGUGCGCGUGCUGGGCCUACUGUGUUCACUAGUGAGGUGCUCCUCCUUGGGGAAUACCUCACUCGACCUUUGACGAAUAUAGACCCAGGCAAUGUGUGAGAGGCGCCGCGACGAUGCUAGAUCGGCCUUUGCAGUUCUGUUGUGGUGUGGUCGGCAGCAAUAGGCCUUUUCGCGGCGAGUGAUCUGCUAGCUUGAGCUCGAUCGAUGGUGCAGUGAACCUUGUCUCGUUCUAGAUCUGACCUGUCCUUCGAUUUAUGUCGCGACCCUUUUUCACGGUGACGAUUAUCGGAGUCGUUCCGCGCAGGUUGCGAAUGCUCUCAGUCUCGUUCAUUGCAACUUUGUCUUCAUUUUCGGCCACUCGGCCGUCUCCCUUUCCUAGUACCUUUCCAGUGACUGCCGGCUCCCGUGGGUAGUCGAUCAUGACGGUGAGACGCCUGCUGCAUGACACAGGGCGCCUAGCGUUCUGAGAGGGCCGGCCGACCCAUGGCAUACCUUGUACUGUGUGAGCGAGCCGCCCAGGCCUGCGUAGACGCUUAUCUCGGUGUUCUCUUCCCGACUUGUCCUGUGAGCUCGGCCCGGGCGUGUGUCGUAGUGGCGGACCGGCCGGCUGCGGUAGGGACCGGGCCGAGUGGUCGCCCGCUGUGUCUGUCUCCCCCAGUUUUGAGCGCCUUCCAUGGGGCGGCGGUAGCGGCGGCCCGCGGUGCGUCUCGGCGGCAGCGCGAGGACCACUGCCGGACGCCCACAGUCGCGAGUCUGUGCUGUUCGUAAUGCCGCUCGUAGAAUGAUAUACCUCCGCUUGUUUGGUGUUCAUUAUCGAUUCCCAAUAAAGGUUACCCGGCAGGUC